UUGUGACGUAAGAGUCGCCUUUAAAAGAUGCUGGUUAGCGAAGCUGAGCGCUCUUUACGCGGCUCUGUUCAUCCUGGAGGAGUCUUCACUGUGAGCGCGGAUUACAUUCAUCCAAAAGUGGUGACUUGGAGAUGACAGACUUUCCCAAACAUAAAAGAAGAAUUAAGAGAAGGGCUGAGUCUUGUGUAAACUGUGAUUAAUCGUGAUAGCGUUACCAAACUAUUAAGGCGUCAAUAGAAGCUGGUGCGCACAGUGGAAUGUUCUGAAUACGAAGAAGACACGUGAUGCGUUACGGUAACAGGUGGCACAUUAUGGUUAAAAUAUAUUUUCUAGCCUUUGUGUCAGUGUCAGUUUUCUAGGAAUGAGUUGGCGGCUCCAUGUAAUGUGCGUGUAGAAAAUCGCAUCAAGCGCGCAGGUCUUAUGUGCCAAAUGUAGAAAAAACAGCAUGGAGAAAGACUUGAGAAGGACGCCUCUCAUAAACUUUCCUGGUGAGCAAAUUGACCAACCCUAACUAUCAAAACGGCUCCAGAGUGAGAACAAGCUCCGAUGAAUGGACAGCAGAAUGUUUUCUGGUCAGGUGGGUCUGAAUUACAGCUUCAACCUAAGCGAUGGCCAGGAGCUGGUGGACACGGCGGCGGGCAUGGCGAAGCUCUCCCCGACGGGCUUCGUAGUGCUGUCCGUGGUGCUGGGCUUCAUCAUGACUUUUGGCUUCCUGAACAACUUCAUUGUCCUGCUUCUGUUUUGCAAGUUCAAGAAGCUGCGAACACCAGUGAACAUGCUGUUGCUGAACAUUAGUGUCAGUGACAUGAUGGUGUGUUUGUUCGGCACCCCUCUGAGUUUCGCCUCCAGUGUUCGAGGCAAGUGGCUGCUGGGGCGCAGCGGCUGCAGCUGGUACGGCUUUAUCAACUCCUGCUUUGGUAUUGUGUCGCUGAUCUCUCUGGUGAUCCUCUCCUACGACCGCUACAGCACUAUGACUGUAUACAACAGGCAUGGUCCAAACUACCGCAAGCCCCUGCUAGCGGUCGGGGGCUCUUGGCUAUACUCCUUGUUCUGGACAGUGCCCCCAUUGCUGGGCUGGAGCAGCUAUGGCAUAGAGGGUGCAGGAACCAGUUGCUCUGUGUCCUGGACAGUUCAGACGGCUCAGUCGCACGCCUACAUCAUCUGCCUCUUCAUUUUCUGCCUGGGUAUACCUGUCCUGGUAAUGAUCUACUGCUAUAGCAAGCUGUUAUGGGCAGUCAAACAGGAACACCUUCAACACUGAGUACCAAACCCAUGUGCGCAGGAGGGAGAGGGCAGAGAAGUCAGCAGACUGCAAUGAGGGCCUGCAGAAGAUAGAGCAGCUCCACACUGCAGCCCUCAUCCUCCAUUCUCUUGUUAUAAAGGCAUUCAUUAUU